AUGCAAGUCCUUGAGAUAGGUAGCGGUGCCGGUGAUGUCGCACUCACACUUGCCGAACUCGUCGGACCGACAGGUCAGAUCGUUGGUGUGGAUAUCAACGUAGAUAUUCUUGACACUGCACGCCAACGCGCAGCCGACGCAGGUAUGCAGAACAUUGAAUUCAUUGCAGGCGACGCGCGAAUCCUCGAGUUUUCAGACAAAUUUGACGCAAUCGUCGGACGGUUCGUGUUGAUGUAUAUGGUUGAACAGCGGACGGCGUUCGCUAAACUCGUAACCCAUUUAAAGCCUGGCGGUAUUAUCGCUUUUCAGGAACCAGAGUAUACCCUCUAUCCUGCUUUCUUACAUCCAGAUACACCUCUUAUGAACCAGCUCAUCACAUGGAUUUUGGAUGUGUUUGAGCAUUCUGGGGCGCACCUGAACAUGGGGAUUGGACUUUAUCAGGCUUUUGUGGACGCAGGUUUACCAUCCCCCACGAUGCACCUUGAGUCUCCGAUCGGUGCCGAAAAAAACUGGGCAGGUUACCGAUACAUGGCGACUAUAUUUCGGAGCCUCCUGCCACUCCUCGAAAAGUAUGGACUUGCCACUGCAGAACAGGUUGAUGUGGAUACAUUAGCCUCACGCAUUCGGCAAGAGGUUAUCACAUCGAAACGUCCGUUCUUCUUACCGUUGCAUGUAACAGCACACGCGACGCUCCCAACCUAA